GGAAGAUCUCGGGGGCAGCACAUUCAGUUUGCCUGGAUGCAAGAUUGAACACAGGAUGGAUUUCUGCACAAAGUGAGCCCGGAGCCACUCGCUCGCACAUAACUAAGCCAGGAUGUCAGGGAUGGACGUUCUGCUGGUGGAUCACAACGAGACUGGAAUCCCUCCGGUGGACAACGGGACUUUCCUGCGCUUCUCCCCGACGUCGGCGUCCACGUCGGCGGCCGCUGCGUCGUCUCCAGGGCGCCAGGGGAACGUGUUCGUGUACGUGUGGCUCUUCCUGGGCCUGCUGGCCUUCCUGCUCACGCUGCUCAUCAUCUCCCUGCACCGGCUGAAGAACAUAAUCUCCUCCUCCGUCCCUGACGGCAGCAGCGAGGGCGGCAGCUCCUUCACCAACAUGGAGAUCUGCAGCAUCUCCUCUCAGAGGUCCACCAUCUCCACCCUCUCCACCUGA